AUGGCAGAAAGACACCUCGUCAAAACCGAAAGUAAACUAAUUAACACACGCAGAAGAAAAGAUUACGAAGAAAUAUUUGAUGAGUGGGAAGCGAAGGACAUUAUUGAGGUAGUAACUGAGGAAAAAGAGGAAGGAGUGCACUACUUGUCACACAGACCUGUAAUAAAGAAGUCUAGUGAAACUACGAAGAAAAUUUUUGAUCCCAUUGGCUUUACUGCACCGAUAACUGUAAUUCCUAAACUAAUUUUGCAAGAAACCUGGAACCAGAAGAUUAAGUGGGAUGAAGAUCUUCCUCUUCCCCUAAGUGAGCAGUUUGGGACUUGGUUGAACCAAUUGCCUCUGCUAUCUCAGAUUGAAAUUCCUCGUUGGUUAAAUAUUAAUUACGAAAACGAAGAUACCGUAGUGCUCCACGUUUUUUCGGAUGCUAGUAAAAGAGCCUAUACAACAUGUGCAUUUUUAAGAGAUGAAACCAUCAAAGGUGUAAAGGUUCAGUUAGUAAGCGCAAGAAGUCGAAGAGGCCCAAUUAAGGAACUUAUGAUUCCACGUCUUGAACUUCUCUCCUGUCUGAUAGGUGCCAGGCUUGCCAAAACAAUUCUAUCAGAUUUGAAACUUAAGAAUUGUAGAACAGUGUUCUGGAGUGAUUCUUCUACAGCUUUGGGGUGGAUAAGAAGGGAUCAAGCAUGGGGUACGUUUGUUCACAAUCGAGUACAAGAAAUAAGAUCGCUUACCAGAAUAUCUGACUGGAGGCAUGUACCUGGAAGUUUAAACCCAGCGGAUCUCCCAUCGAGAGGAUGUACUAUUGAGCAAUUACAGAAAUCGGCAUGGUGGGAGGGCCCAUCGUGGCUUUACUUACCAGAAGACGAGUGGCCCCAUGUAGAAGAAAAGCCUGAUGAGGAACUUAUAAACAAAGAAAAAAGGAAAACGAUUCUGACUCUUCUAGAUCAUGGAGACAAUUUGGACCGAACAAAGAUAAAAACCUCUCCUGAUGUCUCAGUUGAUGAAUUGGAGAAUGCUGAAAAGGCACUUUGUAGAUUGGUACAGAAAGAAUCAUUUACAGGCAUAAACGAUCCCGCUAUUCGUGCGCUGAGACCAAUCGUAGACCAAAAUGGAAUUUUAAGAGCCAAAACGAACGUCCUACAGCGUCAAGAUAAUGAAAAUUUCCGAUAUCCUAUCAUUUUACCUUCAAAACAUAUUCUUGUUGAGAGACUAAUUUACGAGAAACAUCUAGAACUCCAGCAUGCUGGUGUCAGCACUUUAAUGACAAAUCUUAGAGAAAACUUUUGGAUAUUAAAAUCCAGAAAAAGUAUUCGAAAUAUUAUCAGAAAAUGUGUAAGAUGUAAAAGAUUUGUUUCACAAAGAGUGGAAGUCGAGCCAGGAUUUCCACCCGAAGAUCGAGUCAGAGAAGGGGCGACUUUUGAAGUCGUCGGUGUAGAUCUAGCGGGUCCUCUCUAUCUCCGUGAGGGGUCUAAAGCGUGGAUAGUCUUAUUCAUUGCCAGAAGAGGUAGACCUUAUGUGAUAUAUUCCGACAACGGAACUAAUUUUGUAGGGACUAACAGUGUUCUUAAGAAAGUUAAUUGGAACGCCAUAUGUUCAGCUGCUUCUAUCCAAAGGAUACGAUGGAAGUUCAACCCUCCGACCGCCGCCUGGUGGGGAGGUUGGUGGGAGAGGCUUGUGCGAAUGGUGAAAGAAAAUUUAAGAAGAGUGUUAGGUCGAACGUCCUUAAAUUAUGAAGAAUUAUAUACUAUAUUAUGUGACUGUGAACAAGUGAUUAAUUCGCGACCUAUCACAUACGUAUCAGAGGAUAAUCAAGAUCCAUCACCACUGACCCCUAUGAUGUUUCCUGCAAGAAUUGCCGUCAUCAGGAGUUCCUGA